AUGGAACUUAUAAGGAAUAUGGUUGAUGCUAGGUACAAGGAUACACAAGCAGACAUUAAGGCCAUUAAGGAACAUUUGGUCAAAAUUACUGGCUCUGCCCCUACAACAGUCAUUUAUGAUGAUGAAGAGGAUGAUGCCAAAAAUGGGGAGAAAGAUUCGCUGAGAAAGUUGCAGCCUGAUUCAAAAGCAAAACCAAAACCAAAACCAAAGGUGCAACAAAAGCCAGAGUCUAUUCAACCAAAAACUUCUUUUAAAGCUUUAAAGGCUGGAAAAGAAAAAGGGAUAUAUGAUACCAUUAACAAGAAAGCUGAAGAGAUAGCUUUGGAAAAAGAGAAGAAACAAGAUACAAAGGAAAGUAAAGCUUCCAGUUUUAUUAAGUUAGAACAGGCAGAGCAAAGGAAAAAGGAAGAUAUUGGUACUUCAAAAAGAAGAAACUCUACUAGAAAAGUCAGACCACUAAUUGCCACCCCUCCUAAAACCACUGCUACUCCUAUAAAGACUGUAUCCUCUGCUAAACCUAAAACCACUGAUCCUAAAGCUAAACCUUCAACACAAAAACCCUCACCACAACAACCACCACAGAAGAACCAAACAGUUGCUGAGACACCAGUUGUUUCAGCAGAUGUUAGUCAAACCUCUGCCAUAAUCAUUCUCACUACACCACCAACAACUCAACCACCUCCAACACCACAAAGAUUUCCUACACAUCCACCUUCACCACCAAAACGUCUUCCAUCACCAAAAAUCAAGUCCACACUCAAGAGAAAAACUCAUGUUGUGUUAGAAGAUAAUGAGGAAAUUAAAUCACCAAUCCCCUUAUCAUCUACCCCCAUUCAUACCAUACCACCCUCAUCAUGUCCACCCAAAAAACCCACUUCAUCCCUUCCAUUUGCUACACAACCAUUAAUCAUUCCCCUGACAGCUCAGUAUCCUCUGGAGUUGCUCACUAUUAAAGGUGAAAUUGAAUCAUUCUUCACAACAGAGGAUCCAUUACAAAGAUCCUUCCCAUCUCUUUGUGGCUAUAGGCAGCCUAAAAACUUAGAUGACUAUCUGAAAUUAAAAGCAAGAUAA